GGAGCAAUCAGCAAGAUCGCCAGUGUCUUGAAUUCCGUUGACGACUUAGCAUAGCUACAACUCGGCCAUGUCUGCGGAACCUUUGGCGAUUGAAGCAAUUGGAGCAGGAAAGAACGAAGAUGUCCGCGAAGUGGCACCAACGCGGGGAGUCUCCUUCUGGGGAACUGUGGUCACGAUGCUCAACGUCUUCGUUGGAGGUGGAAGUGUAGUAUUGCCUUAUGCCUUUCGAUUGUCGGGAUGGCUCUUUGUUCCAGUGCUCCUUGCUGUGGGGCUGCUCAUGGGCUUCACCCUUUGGAUCAUGGGCUUUCUGCUGCAGUCUCUGGAUAGCCGUGCAGAUGAAAUGGGCCUGCCACGCUCGCAGCGAGAUUGGGGCUUCAUUGGAUAUAUUGCCUUUGGCAAUGUUGGCCGCUUGCUCUUUGCUGGCUGCAUGUUCUUUGACCUGGCAGGUGGAGCCUUGGUCUUAAUGAGCAUCGUCAUUGAACAGCUGCCUUUCCUCUUACCCAUUAGACACUCUGCGACUGCCGUGCUUUCUUGCAUUCUGGCUAUUUUGUUCUGCUUACUCCCGAAGAAAGCUUUCUCGUGGAUGGCCGUGGUUGGCAUGGCUUCUCAGCUCUUUUUGGUGCUGGGCCUCGUGAUCACAGGAGUCCAACUCCAUUCCUCGCAUGAGAUCGCCACCGACCAAGUGGUCUUGGACCUGUCGGGUCUGCCACGUGGCUGUGGAAUUGCUCUUCUUUGCUUUCUUGCACACAGCGAAGCUCCCUUGAUUUAUCAACUGAUGGAAGACAAACGACAAUGGACAAAAGUUGUGGUCUACAGCAUGACUCUCACAGAAGCCUUUCUAUUGGCAUUUGGGGUUUUGGGCUACGGCUUUUUUGGCACUAACGUAGCGCAAUCCAUCGCCGAUAACAUUGGCCGAGAUUUGGAUCUGCAGCUUUUGCCCAAUGCUUUGAGUGCAUUCUUGGGGGCUGCAACCAUCCUGGGUCUCUCCUCAAAGCAGCUGGUAACUCUGCCUCUGCUGCUGGAUGCAACCACAGACUUGUUUGGGGAUCGCUUGAGGUGGCGUGGCCAAUUUGUCAUGAAGACAGUUAUUUUGAUUCUCUCUACUAUUCUGUGCCUGGUGCUCAAGAAUGCAGUUGCCUUUAUCGGUGACCUUGUUGGUAUUCUCCCAGCAAAUUGUGUAUGUGUUGUCUUCCCAUGCAUUGCCUUCUUAAAGCUGCAUGGAGAAAACAUGCCCCGAUGGAAACGUGGCGGGGUGCUUUUCCUUGCAAUCCUCUUUGGCUUGUACAGUGUCUAUGGACUGAUCGAAACUGUUCGCCAGCAAGUUGCCAUGUAAAGAAUUUGCAGGCGGGUCUUGAUCAUUUCUGAGAGGUUGCUCACCACAGUUUCAUGUACAUUGUAGUUUAUUGUAAACCUAAAUCUUAAUCCUGCAUGUGUCUUGGGCCUUGUUCCGGGCUGAAGGAAUUCAUCGAAAGUUAAGACCAACAAUAGACUUGGAAACAGCCGAAGAUUGCCAACGAUUGGCUAAGCAGAUAAGUAUAAAGCUGCGUGGCCAAAAGGUGGCUUCUGACUUUGGCGGAUUGGGGGUGAUUGGGAUGACAAA